AGAUGGGAGGCGGGUGCAUCACAAACAGUAACGGCCCACAGUUGUUAAAUGAUAGUGGCAUGUCCCUGUGCAUGGGGCAGCUGGCACCGGUGCCUGAGAGCCCCUGGAAUUGCGCCAAGUGAUCAGUACUUAUUUGUGAAGUGAUGCGAGGCAGUGCUGGGCAGUAGGAACACAGUGAGCACACGCAUAAUGUCCUUCAGAAGCCACGUUAAAGAGUAUGAAGAAAUCGGCGGAGUCAAUACAUUUACCUAACCAGAAACAUGUAAACCGUUAUCAUUUCAACACGUGGUCAACGUUAGGAAAGUUAAUGAGAAAGUUCACAUUGUCGUGGAUUAAGUCUCCAAUAUUCAGCGUGUACUGUUGUUCACAGCACACCUUUCAAAGGGGGGAGAUAUCAGAGGCUGGUUAAGCUCCGUGCAAACUGGAAGUCGGUAGGAUGUGAGUGAGAGCAGGACCGGUGACAUGGUCCUUGGGCUGGAGCUUGUGGACGAGCCUUGAGAUGCGGCAUGCUCCCAGGACGGACUUCGGCUCGCCAGGCCUCCUGCGACUGACGGAUGACGCUCUGCUCCGAUCUCUGUCUCCACAGUCGGAGCCCUGCCGAGAGGAUGGACCCCAGCCUGGGCACCCUGGAGAAGCCUGGGGACAAGGACGGGAAGGCUGAGGGGGCUAGGAGCCCAGAGCGGGGGCCCGCGCCCUGGCAAGCUCUCCCUGUCCUGUCUGAACGGCAGUCUGGGGACGUGGAGCUGGUUCUGGCCUACGCCGCCCCCGUCCUCGACCAGCGCCAGACCUCACGCCUCCUCAAGGAGGUGGCGGCUGUCCACCCGCUGCCUGCCCAGCCUCACCUCAAGAGAGUGCGGCCAAGCCGUGAUGCCAGCUGCCCUCACACGCUGGAGAUUCUGCUGUGCCUGGCAGGGCCGGCCGCAGGUGCACGAUCGCUGGCUGAGCUCCUCCCGCAGCCGGCCGUGGAUCCCUGUGGCCUGGGCCCACCCUUCCUAGUGCCUGUGCCUGCCCGGCCACCGCUGACCAGGCGCCAGUUUGAGAAGGCACGGGCCCACUGGCCCACGUCCUUCCACGAGGACAGGCAGGUGGCCCGUGCUCUGGCCGGGUGCCUCUUCUCAGCACAGGAGCGGGCUGCCAUGCAGGGCUACAUGGAGCAGGCUGUGUGGGCCGCACAGCAGGCAGCCUCCAGGGGCCUGAGGGCCAUGGGGGCCGUGGUGGUGGACCCGGCUGCAGGCCGCGUGCUGGCCACGGGCCACGACUGUAGUAGUGCAGCCAGCCCCCUGCUGCACGCCACCAUGGUGUGCAUUGACCUGGUGGCCCAGGGCCAGGGCCGCGGCGCCUAUAACCUCAGGCGCCACCCCGCCUGCUCCUUUGCCCUGGCCACCGCCCCCCAGGCUGCCCGGGCUGGCUCUGUGCGCAAGCUGGAUGCAGACGUGGACACAGGCAUGGAUGGCCUCCCCUACGUGUGCACUGGCUAUGACCUCUACAUCACCCGCGAGCCCUGUACCAUGUGCGCCAUGGCCCUGGUGCAUUCGCGCGUGCAGCGUGUCUUCUAUGGGGCGCCCUCGCCUGAUGGUGCCCUGGGGACCUGCUUCCGUGUCCACGCCCGGCCCGACCUCAACCACCGCUUCCAGGUGUUCCAUGGCGUGCUGGAGGCCCAGUGCCGCCAGCUGGACCCCUGUGCCUAGGCGCCCACACACAGCCUCCUCGGCCUCCUGUCAGAUGCCGUUCCUGGCAACAAGACCCGGGCUGUGGACUUUGGAGAGACGCACGCCCCAGCUGUGCGUCUGCCCAGACCCAGCUUUCACUGGGCUCGAGUGCAGCAGGCACCUCGCAGCCAGGUCCCUGGGCCUUGCUCUUCUGCUGCCUUCAGCCCUGAGCCCACAGGUCCACCGGGAUCAUGUCCCUUUUGUCUCAGGUGUUAGAAAGCGGUUCUGAUGUGAAAAUAAACAACCCCAGAACCAG